UGGAUUUUUGUCUGUUUUUGAGUGUGUUGAAUGUGUGUGUGUGUGUACUCAACUAGUUGUGGUUGCAGGGGUCGAGUCACUGGCCCCGCCUCUUCACUGGCCGCUUCUAGGUCACUCUUCCUGCUCCAUGAGCUUUAUCGUACCUGUUCUUAAAGUGGCAAUGUCGUCGACCAGCAGUUUAAAUAAACGAUGGCAGUGUCGUCUGACCAACACAAGGGAACGUAUAGCACAUCUGAAGGACUCGGGCCAUCUGACUGACCUAUCUGUUGCCUUCUCUGGGCACGAGAGAGUAGUGCAGACUCAUCGGUUUUUGCUGGCGGCGAGUUCUCCUGUGUUCGAGGCGAUGUUGUGUGGACCCAUGGCUGCGGAAGGCACACUAACCCUCUCAGAUGACCUUCCUGAAGCAUUUGACUGGUUGUUGGAGUACAUUUAUUGCGAGAAGGUCAUCCUACCUGAUGUAGAGAUGGCCAUACAUGUGUAUAUCAUGGCACACAAGUAUCAAAUGGAUGCAGUUUGUGACAUAUGCUCUAAGUACCUAAUUAAUGAAGUUGACGAAGGGACUUUUCCUUUUGUGUAUGAAACUGCUAUCGUGCUAGAGGAUCAGAACCUACUCCAGAGAUGUGAUGAGGUGCUGGCGACGUCUUCUGAGGCAGUGUUGGCAUCGAGGAACAUCGGUCAUCUAAGGUCGUCAACACUGAAGAGACUCGUCAGUCACCCCAUGCUUAAUGUGUCUUCGGAAGGACAAGUGGUCUCUGCCCUCGUGACUUGGGGCUUAGCGCAGUUAACUAGAAGCGAGGAAACUAGUUCAGUGGAGCCUCCAGAGGCGGAACCUGGAAGUGAUGGUAAGGCAGUAAGUGAGGAGGGAGUAGCAGCCGAGGUCUCUGAUAACCCUCAGGGAAGAAAGAAAUGUUUAGGAGAGGAAUCUCUCUUGCCGAAGCUGCGUCAGGUAGUGAGGGAGUUCCUUCCCCUGGUGAGGUUCCUUUCAAUGACCUCUAAAGAUUUUAUAAAGGAUGUGUUGCCCUCUGGUGUUAUUUCUGAAGCUGAAGGGGUGGCUAUUCUGCAGUGGCUUGAAGGUGCAUUUUCCAUUCCUCUGCCAAACUUUGUAGGGUAUCUUGCAACAAAACCACGGAAAGUUUUAUCAACAUCUGUCCUCUUUAAUGAUCACAAAUUGGCAAAAGACCCUGAUCUUUUGCUGUAUAUUACGACAAAAUAACCUGUCAAAUAUUUGACACGUUUAAAACAUCAGAACCAAUAUUUUUAAUGAAGAUUUCUUCUCCGUGUAUUUCAAGCCUUGAUGAUGGUUUUAUAAAUGUGAAGAAUUCCAAGAAAGAGGUAAUCGGCAAGGGGUCAUGGAGAGGUCUUGUUUGCCAGUUUAAGCGACCGGUUCAACUCGACCCAAGUGAGACCUAUACCAUCAUUAUAUCGGUUUCACAUGUUUGGCUGUUAAGCAAUGAGACACUAGUUAAAAAUCAACAUGAAGGUCUGAUAUUUACAGGCAAAGCUUUCCUUUACAAUACAAAAAUACAUUAUUUUUUAGUAAAUGACAGUGAAAAAACAAUCACGAAUACAAGCUGUACAGGAACGUCCUCCACUCUGACCAGCAAAUUUUGAUCAGUCAUGAAGGUCUCUUCACUAAAUUCAAUUUUAAUAAAAACAUACAAUGGGAUCAAGUAAACCAUGUCCUGAAUGCAACAAGCUGGGAAGAUAUCCUAAACAACACGGAUCCGAACAUUUGCCUAGAAAAAAUGAACUCUGUGGUUCUUGAGAUCUGCUCAAGACACAUUCCAUAAAAAAAAGAGAAGAUGUAAACUAGAAAGAGAGAGACGCUCCCUAUACAGAUGAAGGCGAAGAGUCAUGGAGCUGCUGAGUGGGGCCAAUAUAUCUGAAAUACGAAGGGAGGAACUGGUCAAUGAAAUUGCAAAUAUCAAAUUUAAGCUGAAGGAAUCUUUCAGGAGACAAAACUCACAGGAAGAACUAAAAGUCAUAAAGGAAAUUGAAAAAAACAAACAAAAUACUUCUUCUCUUAUGCCAAAUCUAAGGGAAAAACAGCAUCCAGUAUUGGUCCCCUGCUUAGGCGUGAUGGGACAUACACAGAUGACAGCAAAGAAAUGAGUGAGAUAUUAAAGUCCCAAUACGGCUCAGUGUUCAGCGAGGCGCAACCCAGACUAAGGGUCGACAAUCCAAAUGAAUUCUUUAUGAACGAAACCCAAAAUUUGGUUAUCUCAAAAAUCUCGGAUAUUAUCCUAACUCCACAAGACUUUGAAAAGGCAAUAAAUGACAUGCCCAUGCACUCUGCCCCAGGCCCAGAUUCAUGGAACUCCGUGUUCAUCAAGAAUUGCAAGAAGCCCCUAUCGUGUACCUUCAGCAUUUUAUGGAGAGGGAGCAUGGACGCAGGGGUCAUCCUACACACAGUAAAAACAACAGAAAUAGCCCCACUCCACAAAGGUGUGGAUCUAAACAGGAAUCUUCUAGCAAGGCUGCAUCUGCUCUUGUUGCCGCCUUCCUACUUAAGAACGAUAACAAACUUGUUGAACUAGGCAUAAGAAUUAACAACUGGGUCGUCUACACUGCAAAUUGAAUUGUUUGCAAUCCUAAUGGCGCUAAAGCUAACUUACGACACUGAGCUUGACUCUAUCAUCAUUACUGAUUCUAUGUCAUCAUUGAAGGCUCUUGACUCAUAUAAUGACUCCAACAACAUGCUCAUUGGAGAAGCCAGGUAUAGAUAAUCAGAAAUCCGGGACAAAGGAAUUAAUGUACAAUUGCUAUGGAUCCCAUCACACAUUGGAUUACUCCUUCAUGAUAAAGUUGAUGUGUUAGCCAAGAAGAGUAACCAGAAGGAGAAUGUACAAUAUAACUUUGGUAUAUCUGUGUCUAGCAUUAGGAAUAAUAUUAGGAGAUAAGUAAAUAAUGGAAAUGAGUGUUAUAGAAAUGCAGUUAGAAGCCUGAGUAGAUCUAUAACCCACUAUGAUAACAUGAACGUAGAUAAAUAUGUUUAUGGAGCAACGUGCAAUUUGAACAAACUGACUGAUGUUGUAGUGGCCAGGCUUAGGCUUGGUUACAAGUACUUCUGGCAGUUUGGGAGACACACAGAUGAUGAUCAAACUAAAUGUAAAUUAUGUGAUCAGGCAUAUGGUCACUGUCUUGAACACUAUGUGCUUAAUUGUCCACUUAUUGAGGAAUACAGAGACAGACAGUAUAAUAACCUAUGUGACAUGUCAAGAUAUCUUAUUAAUGAAAAUAAGAUGCCAGAUAUACUAAGCAAAUUUCCUAAAUUUGCUUGUAACAGAUAAGUGAACUGCAGAUAUGUAGAUAUAAAUCCAUAUUUACACCUGUUAACCCUUUUGGGGCCUAGUUCCUAGGCCUUUUGUGUAUCCAUAUGCUCUUGAACUACCGUCCACAGGAUGGAUAUGGGAUGCACAAUAAACUAGCCACUUCGGUGGCAAAAUCUAAAAAAUCCACAAAGGUGGCAGUAAAGCAAUUGCAAAGAGCUACAGACCGAUAGCGCUAACAUCCCAUAUCAUAAAAAUCUAAGAAGUAAGAUCGCCAAC